AUGAGACUAGAAAUGGAUCAUAGUGAAGAGUGGGAACCCAGUGUUCAAAUAGGAAGAGAUGCGGAAGAAGAAGGAACCCAUUUGAGCGAGAAUGAACUGAAUCACCUGAAUGAAGUUGAAGUUGACCUGAGGAGACAAGAGAUCCAGAGCUUAUUAAGUACUACACGUGGACAAGAAGGCGACGAUUGGUAUUUGAUACCCAGUGUCUACUUGGACAAGUUUUUUAACGUUGAGGUUGGCACUUUCAAAGAGCUUUGUCACGUUUUGGGCCCCAUUGAUUGUAAAUCCAUUGUAGAUUCCAAUGGCCGUUUAUAUGAAGAAGACGUUGAGCCUGUGGGGACGUUUAAUGUUCCUCCUUUGGUGUUCCAUAAGUUUAGGGAGUGGUUUGGCGUGCUGGGGACGCCCAUAGUCAGAAGUUUGAUCAGUAACACUGAAUCGGGGGCUAUGGAAGUGGAGAGGUACCCUGCUAUGUUUCAUGUACACCAGUUGUCAUCCAAGAAGAGUCAUCAUCACAGUCAUAAUCAUUAUGGUCAUCACAGUCAGUCACAUAGUCAGUCCCAUUAUAAUAACCAUCAGUCCAAGUCGCUUCCGUUGGUAACUGUGUCGAGAACCAAGACGAUGGCCCAGUUGGUGUCUGCUAUAGAACAGAAACUAGACAAGAAAGGUAUAAGACUUUGGUUCAUUGAUGGUGGUGGUGAAUGGCCCCAAAUUAUUAGUCCCUCAACAUUUGUGUUUGACGUGGAAUACAAGAGAUUGGUCACUCCAAAUCAUUUAUCUCAGACUUUACGUGUUAAUGGAAUUGUCCAUGAAGUGUACCAUUUAGUAGUGGAACAAUACGAUAAGAGUCUUGCGGCCUUCCCAUUGGACAACUACGUUGCUUCUAUGAUCAAAGAUGCCUCCACCUUCAACCAGAUUCUGGCUAUGGGUGGUGUCACGGGCUUACAGAACCUUGGGAAUACUUGCUACAUGAACUCAGCAUUACAAUGUCUAUUGCAUGUUCCAGAGAUCAAUAGUUAUUUUCUUUUCAACUUGUACAAGCAAGAACUCAAUAAUGACAACCCUUUAGGAUACAAGGGAGCCGUUGCCAAUUCGUUUGGCAACUUGCUUAAACAGAUGUUUGAUAUUGGCUGUGGUUCUAAGCCUCCACAGUCGAUAGCACCCAGAGACUUCAAGUCAACUAUCGGACGAUAUUCGUCAAUGUUUUACGGCUACUUGCAACAGGAUUCACAGGAGUUUCUAAGUUGGUUGUUAGAUGCCCUUCAUGAAGACUUGAAUAGAAUCCAUGUGAAGCCCUAUAACGAUAAACCCGAGUUGAAAGACGAUGAAAUAGACGAUCCUCUUGCUAUAGUAAGAUUGGCAAAUAUUUGUUGGGACUUGCACAAGUUAAGGAACGAUUCUAUUAUAGUAGAUUUGUUCACUGGAAUGUAUAAAUCUACUUUGGUGUGUCCUGAUUGUUCCAAGACCUCCAUUACUUUUGACCCUUUCAAUGACUUGACUUUACCGUUGCCUGUUCAGAAGAAAUGGUACCAUACAUUCACCAUAGUUGAUCUCACUGAAUUUGGUAGUAAAUUCAUCAAUAAGAUCCUGGUGUUUGAAGUGGAAUUGGACUAUUCUUCCAACUACGAAAUGUUGGUAUCUUAUUUGAGCAACUCAUUAAACAUUCCAAAGGAAUACUUGUUUUUAUAUGAGCUCUUUAGAAACUCCUUUUACACUGACUUUCAAGCUGAUAACAUUAAGAACAAGUUUGUUCCCAUAGGUGAUUUGAUAAAAAAGGAAGAUGAAGUUGUGGUCUACAUUAUUCCUCAUGAUCCGGAAUCAGAUACCAUCGUUCCCGUGCUUAACUUUGUUCCUGAUGAAGAUCUUUCUUAUAGACGAGAUAUUAAUUUUGGACUCCCAUUGUUCAUCGUGUUAAAUAAGAAAAACAACGCUGAUACCAAAAGCUUUGGUAUCAUCAGACGCAAGUUGGAAACUGCUAUAAAGGUAUUGACCAACGUUAACUUUGAAGAUGAAUAUAGAAGUCUUCAAUUGACUCACAAGAAGUGGUAUAAGAAAUCAGACUUCCCCAGCUUAAUUGAAUCCAGCGAUGACCAAGAGAUGUACUCUGAUCCUGUAGACGAUGAAGAGGAAUAUGAUUCUGACGUUUCAUUGGCUAACCCUUAUAUCAGUGGUAAUUUUGGAUUUGAAGUCAAACGUUAUGCCGAGGACAUAGACUACAAACCAAAGUACAGAUUGGGACAAGAAUAUUCUUCUCGACUUACAGCUGCACCAGCUGAUAAACUGCAGCUUGGCUUGUCGUACGUGCCCUUACAGCAGAUCAACAACAUUUCAGAGGCAGUUAAUCUCAUUGAUCUCUUACCUAAGAAGAAGAAAGAGUACUAUUACUAUGCUGAAAUUGACCAACAUAUAGAGGAAGCUACAGCUGCUGCUGAUUCAGACGAUAGUAAUAAAGGGCCUUCGUCUUCAUCAGAUCUGACUGAAGAUGGGUUUAUAAUCGUGGGUAAAAGUGGCCAAUCCGAGGAGAAGCUGCCUGUACUACUGGAAGAUGAUACUAGUGAUCAUCAACCACCAUCUCCGUCCUCCAUUCAACCACCCUUGGACUCUGAAAGUGUUAGUGUUUCCAAUAUCAACUCUCCACAGAAAGAAAUGGGUGAUUGCUCUGAAGAAGCUGUGGUGGUCAAUAAAACUACCCCAUUGAUAGUCAAAGGAACAACUUUGAUCUGCUGCUGGAAUCCAGCAUGCUAUGACAAAUUGUUUGGUGAUAGUGACAAGCAAGCAUGGGCCAAACCCGUUAGAAUUCCAAACCCCAGUAUCACCAAUACUAAACACAAGAAGGAAGUGAAAACCAUAUCAUUAUAUGACUGUUUAGAACAGUUUAGCCGACCGGAAGUUCUUGGUGAACAUGAUUUAUGGUAUUGUCCUAACUGUAAGGACCACAAGCAAGCAACAAAGACUAUUCAAUUAUGGUCUACUGGAGAUAUCUUGACUAUACAUUUGAAGAGAUUCCACAGUGCCAGGGCAUUCAGUGAUAAGAUUGAUGCUUUGGUUGACUUCCCCAUUGAAGGGUUGGACAUGGGUAAGUUUAUUUCCAAACCUCAUAACAUGGAUAAGAGCAAUGAGAUCUAUGAUUUGAUAGCUGUUGAUAACCAUUAUGGUGGAUUGGGAGGUGGUCAUUAUACUGCUUGUGUCAAGAACUUUAGAGAUAACAAAUGGCACUAUUUCAACGACAGUCACGUUUCCGAGAUGCCCAAUCCUCUGGAAGUAGUCAACAGCAGAGCCUAUCUUUUGUUUUACAAGAGAAGGGUUCCUGAUAAUAUUUUAGGAGGAGACGAUUUACAAAGCAAGUUGAAUGCUGGCUACGAAGCACUAAAGGCUCAAUUUGAUACCAGGCAGGCAAGGAUUCUGGCAAUACACCAACAGUUGGAGCAAUAUGAGGAACAGGAAGCAGAGGAAGAAGACAACCACGAGUCACCUGCUCACGUUCAAGUCAACCUUGAAGACGAGACACAGACCAACCUCUACGACGAUGAUGACAUCUACGAAUCCAACCGCAAGGAGGAUCUAAAGAAAACUCGCUCCAAUUCCAUCAACAUCAUCAACAACGACAAUAACAAGGUUCGGAAGAUGAGACUAAUCUCCAAGGAAGACAGUAUGAAGUUAGUUUCGGUCAACAACGAUGAGUUGGGAGAUGAUGCCGAGAGUGGUUCGGAGUAG